UAAGCGAGUACUGACUUGACCCGGGGUCUAGCCAUCUCCCCUCCACACUGUCUGAGCACUGUAGCUAGCGACCGAUAAGGAGAUACCAGACGACUACCAAUGAAAAAGUGCUGUGCAUCAGGCACGCGCGCGCGGAAUUUUGUGUUAAUCACUACUCACUAUUGUGUUUGUAUCGAGGCCAACGAGCCCGUUGGCCUCGGUUUGUAUGUGUAUGCGUUUCCUGCGUCAGCGUGUCCUCCAUACUGUAUUUUGGAAAUGAUUUCGUUCGAAGAUAGUGUUGUGUACAAGCGAAAGGCUGAAGUAUUUGAAAUUCUCCCGCAGUGGAAAACACGUGUGUUGGAGCUGCACAGAAAUGAUUGUAAUGUGCAAGAAAUUAAAUCUUUAAACAUCCUUGUUGAUGUUAAAUCAAGGGAUGAGUUUGGACAGUGGUUGGCACAGUUUGAAAACACAACAAAAACAAUUUAUACAAUAAGGUGCACUGAACCUGCAUCAGGAAAGUAUGUUGUUUGCAAACAAAGGCUGGUCUGUCACCACAAUACUCGCAGUAUAAAAGUUCAUGGUUCAGUGCAAAGGGCAACAAAAAACACUAACUGUCCAUCAAAAAUGACAGUGACAAUUCAUGCCGUGCAUGAUAGAUACAGAGGUAAGUCUGUAGAGAAAGCAAUGCUCUACAAGGAAAUGCCGUGUGAGGUUAACUUGGUGUUGGGUCAUAACCACAGUGUUGAGAGUGCUGCUGCUUUAAGAUUUAGACAACCAUCAAGUGAUGUCAAAGAAAAAUUAAUAUCCCUGUUUGAAAGAGGUCAUUCACCAGCCACUGCUCUUGAGUCAAUAAAGGUUGAAAUUCAGCUGAAUUGUUCAGAUUACCCUUUAGUCCUUGCAGACAGAAGCAGGUGUCCUGAUUACAACUUUUGCCACUAUUUGUUCAACAAAGUUUUUAAGAAAAAGUAUGGGCCAACAGACUUGAACAAAGAUGGAAAGCAGCUGUUACAACAGAGGUUAGAGGAAUACAACAGCGAAGUUGGAGCUGUGUGUGCCAAGAUGAUUCACAUUUGCUCACCACUGAUGCAAAAAGUCCAUACUCGUGUAAAAGCUGCUUCCAAACUUGUAUUUAUGGAUUCCACUGGUUCUCUGGAUCAUGACAGCAGCAGAGUGUUCGUUUUACUUACUCACAGUGAGUGUGGAGGUUUACCACUAGGAGUUCUGAUUAUGUCUUCAGAAAGCUGCGGAGUUAUAGAAAUGGGACUAGAGUUGCUGAAAGAGAUAGUGGGGGAAAAUAUUUUGGGGGAAACAUCAAUGGCCCAAGUGUGUUUCUGACUGACGACAGCCAGUCAGAACAAAAUGCAAUUAGAAGGUGCUUCCCAAACACAAAAGCUUUGUUGUGUAUAUUCCAUGUCCUGCAGGCAGUGUGGCGCUGGCUUCUCAAAGCAAAAAAUGCUAUACCACAGCAAAAACAGUGCGAGUUCUUCCAGAAUUUCAAAAAAAUAAUGUUUGCGCAAACAAAAAAUGAAGCAGUGGUAAACUAUAAUGUAACAAGAGCGAACAUCGGUGAAAAUAAUCAAAAUUUAUUGAAAUACUUGGAAGGGUGUUGGGAUAGGCGAGGACUGUGGACCCUUUCACAUCGGCGAGGUAUGCUUAUAGAAGGGCACAACACAAAUAAUAUAACUGAGGCCUUCACGAGAAUUUUAAAGGAUAGGAUUAUUGAGAGAGUGCGUGCCUUCAAUGUGGUUCAGAUGGUGGACUUUUUUCUCACAAAGGUGAAUUUGUAUUUUCAGAGGAGACUUCAUGAUGCUGCUAAUGGAGCAAGUCCUAAGUCUUUCUGUAGGCCUAAAAAGGCUCCUUCACAGGAGAUUCUAGCAAAAAUCAGACAAGUCAAUGAGGAUGUUCUGCUCAUUCCCAGUGAAGAAAGGGAGAAUCAUUAUUACAUUGUUAAUAUGGCUGUUCUUGUUUGCACUUGUCGCCAAGGCAAUACAGGGAAGAUCUGCAAACAUAUAGACUGGGGAACUACAGGGAGGUGACGGAUAGUGACAGUGUACGCAGACUGUAUUAUUUUAUUGCUACAGAUGAGGAGCGUCCUGAAGCGUGGCUAGAGCCUCUGUAUUGCUCUCAGAAUGCAGGGGCUUCAAGUUCUUCGGAACGUUUGGAGCAAACGGACACAGGUUUGCUCUGUGAAAGCCAAGCAGAGAUGCCAGAGACACUUCACAUGGAGACAGUUCCAGACAAUACAAAUAAUGAUUUAAUGGACGAGAUAAAAGCUCGUCUCAUAGAUUUUUCAAAUAAAUCCCCUGAGGAAAUGAGGACAGGCCUUGAAGUCAUGUGCGAAAAAGUGAGAAAGCUUGCAUCUUAUUUGGCAAAUUUUGGUGAAGGAAAAAUCUAGAAAAAAUCGCGGUAACUAUAUUCCCGUUCAGUCCACUGCAAUAAGCAGAAGAAAAAACAAGUUGGCAGGUCGCAGAUGUCAUCCGGGGGGAAGACAAAGACCACACUCUAAGCAAAGCGAGGAAUUUGUAAAGACAGUAGAAAUUUCUGAAAUGGCUACCUUUCCACCACCAGCUACGCAGUCAUCCCAGUCAGCUUCAGACUUUUGAAGGUGCGCGACUGUUUACUGCAGCAUAGUGUGUAGGAUUUUCUUAAUCUGAGAUCCAACGUAAUGGAACUAUUAAGGGAAUGAUUCUAAGAGAUGCAACCUCGUGACAAGAAAGUGAUGCUGUAGCAGCUUCCACCAAUAGUGCUGCAGAAGGAAAUGAUAUGGAGGCUUAUGGGUGAAUCAGACUGAAUAGUGGAACAGCUAUGGCCACCACAAACGACGUGGAAUCAGGAGGAAUUGCUACACCAAUCCACACCAACAAAAUCUAAGGAGACUGAAGAUCGCUAUUUUCGUGCAGCGCAACUACUCGCGCAGAUACUUUGAAACAAAAUCAGAAUGGUAAUGUGGGCAGUUUCAUAAAAUAUCUGGCAUCAGUUUGUGAAAUCAAUUAGAAGGCAUUGAGCAAGACCACUGUAGCACAUCAGUAAACUGUGUGUGUUACCCGUAUGCACACUAUUUAAACAAAAUUUGAUUGCU